UUUUUCAUGGAAGUUAUUUACAAAGAUGUUCAUCACUAUAGCACUUCCCCUGUCGUUGAUAUCAAUAAUUAGUCAAGUUUUUUGUCAGUCUGCUGGCCAGCCGACAAUUGAUAUUGUGGAGUUGGUAACCAGAUCUGGCUAUCAAAUAGAAAAACACGAACUCCUGACAGAAGACGGCUACUUCUUGGACAUUUUCAGACUACCACCGAGAUGUUUGGGUACUAAAAGCUGCAAUGGGAGUGAUAUAAAUGAGCCAGUGUUACUUAUGCAUGGAUUACUUGGCACUAGUGAGAAUUUUGUGAUAAAUGGAAGGGAUUCGAUGGGGUUUUUCCUCAACGAUAGAGGUUACGAUGUCUGGUUGGGUAAUGCCAGAGGUACCUUUCAUUCCAGAAGACAUAGAACCCUGGAUCCCGAUAAAGACAAAGAAUUCUGGGAAUUCACAUGGCAUGAGAUAGGCAUAUAUGAUCUAUCAGCGAUGAUAGAUCACAUCCUAACUACAACUAGAAGGCAAAAGAUGUCAUUUGUUGGCCACUCACAAGGAUCCACGAUUUUUUAUGUGUUGUGUUCCGAAAGACCAGCAUACAACGAAAAACUGAAAAUCCACAUUUCUUUGUCACCAGGAACUUUCUUGAGCCAUGUAGAGAAUAUAGUUAUGAAUAUCUUUCCACCGUAUUUCCAAAACUUGAAGGUUCUUCCUGAGCAAAUUGGUUUUAUCGAAGUGGAGGCCAUCUUCAGAAAUCCCUUAUUUUACACGAUAGUCAAAACAUUUUGCGUUAGCAAUAAUCAAAUUCUACUUGAUAUUUGCCAAUAUGUUUUCGAUAUUCUAGUGGACAAUAACGGCAAUAAUAUUGAUAAAUAUUUCAUACCAUAUUUGACUGAAGUCACGCCAGGAGGAUCUUCCAUAUUUCAAUUUCUGCAUUACCUGCAAAGCAUCGUUACUGGUGGUUUUGGGCAAUACGAUUGGGGAAGGGAUAUCAACUUGAAAAAAUACAAUUCGGAAUAUCCAACAACGUAUAACUUGAGCAAGAUUACAACUCCUGUGGCUUUGUAUUACGGUCCAAAUGAUUGUGUAGUAGUUCCGAAGGAAGAGCUAUCUUCAAGAAAUGGUUAUGCCACUGAAAAACACGAGGUUGAAACAGAUGAUGGCUACCUCUUGGAUAUUUUUCGAAUAAUUCCGAAACGCACUCGAAUCAGUGAAAUUAAGAAACAUCACUUCCCUGUAUUCCUUUUACAUGGUUUAUUCGGAUCUGCUGAAAACUACGCUUUGAUGGGCAAUGAAUCUUUAGCCUUCAUUCUCACCAAUGCAGGUUACGACGUCUGGCUUGGCAAUGUGAGAGGUACUUGGCAUUCUAGAAAACACAGAGUCCUUGAUCCCGACAAGGACGAGGCUUUCUGGAAGUUUACGUGGCAUGAAUUUGGCGUUUACGAUGUUCCCGCUAUGAUUGAUUACAUUCUGAAAGUAACUGGAAAACAACAGCUCAACUAUGUGGCUCAUUCUCAAGGAGCGACCUCAUUCCUUGUGAUGUGUUCGGAACGACCUGGGUACAACGAGAAAAUCAAAGUGCAAAUCAGCUUAGCACCAGCAAGUUUUUUCAACAAUAACGAUGUACCAAGCUUGACUGGGAUUUACGAGAUAAAGGCCAUCUUUCGAUUGCGCUUACUUUACACUUUUGCCAAAACCAUUUGUGUCAACAACAACUUGAAUCUUCGAAGAAUAUGUAAAGGCCUACUGGUUGCAUUAUCGGAUCCUUUUGGGAAUGAUUUGAUGGACGAUAACUGGCUGCCUUUCAUAUCCGAUACUAUGCCUGCCGGAUUGAGCCUAUAUCAAAUAUUUCAUUACUUCCAGAGUUAUGGAACAGGUUCUUUUGCACAGUACGACUGGGGUAGAGAAACCAAUCUUGAGAAAUACCAAUCAGAAACUCCUAAGGUGUACAAUUUGAGUCAAGUCACCGCUCCGAUGGAUGUGGAAAGGCUAAUUUCAUCCCUGCCAAACGUGUUAGAAUUCGAUGCAGUUGCUGACCACAGAUGGGCACAUACGAAUUUUCUUUUCGCUCGCAACAUAAUACCGUUAUCAUAUAAAUGGGUAAUGCAAAGCUUGAAGAGAUAUGGAUAA